GUGCGACUGCAUUCAAUUUGUUUGGUCGAUCAGUCAUACACGGCAGAUACAUACCUCCUUCUCUGACAUUUUCUUAAAAGCGUACACACGCUCUCGUUUGUUAAAAAUUACGAUUAAUAAAAGAACAUUUUGAAAAGAAAAAGAAUGGCGCAAGAUAAGUCGAGAGAACUCGUGCAAAGAGCCGUAAUCCCAACCGAUUCGCAGAAAGCAGUCUUGGAGUACUUUGUAUCCAAGCAAGAGGAACGCCAAUCUAUCAAGAAAUAUCCGGAAUGGGACAAAGCGAGGGUUUGCCCGGCGACUGAGGUGAUCAAGGCUCGUCGGGAGUUGGCUCAGGUCGAAGAAAUAUUAAAGGAGAAACGAGUGGAACAGAAGAUGAAACGUAAAUGUAUGGACGAGCAAUGGCAGGAGGCGAGAAAGCAACAAUUGCAGUUGCGGCAAUCUCUCGUAAAGUUUAAUACGCUCGUGAAGGAGAACGUCGAGAAGCGCGAGCGGGCCGAGCAGAAGAUCAAGGAGGAGCACGAACACCAGGAGAAAUGCAAGCAAGAAAUCGAGGAAUUGGAGCAGAAAUUACGCUACAUGAGAGACAUACGCGAUAAAAUGCAGCAAUACGUAGGGGAGUACAGGAAAUACCAAAAUUACUUGGACAGAGUCGUGAACGAGACGGGCGAGUUUCAGUCGAUCAACGAAAUUUUUAAUCGCUAUGAAACUUUAAUCGAAGCCAGGCAGGCGUUGUCUGAUCAUCAAGACAGGAAUCUUCAGAUGCUGGAAGACAAAGGAACAGAAAUACAUCGCUUGACGGAAGUCAAGACGCAAGUAUUGAUGGGACUGAAUAAUAAAUUGGCGCAAUUGCAAGCGAGAUAUGAUCAGGCGAAAGCGGAGGCGUUAAAAUGGGAGACGAUCGUUUCGAAGAUAAAGGAGACCGCCGCCGCAAAGAACCUAGAACUUACGCAAGUGAAGGCCUGCUGCUGGAACAUCUAUCAGCAGAUUUGCAAGAGGAAAGAGAUACCCGUCAAGGUGAGCAGCGAGGACGUCGAGCAACAGCUGAUUCACAUCAAGCGCACCAUCCUUGAAUUGAAGCGAAUUAUCAAGACCGUCAAGAAGAGGAUGCGAGAAGAGAAAGGUUUGCUUCAUAGUCGCGAAUAGAGGUAUCUAUCAUCCCAUUACUGCGACUGGUUGCGGUUCUAUGGCGUCACAAAGCCAGUGCAUGCAGUGACGAAGGAAAUGAAUGAAACUGUCGUUUGGUAAAAAUUUCAACUUGUAUUACCUAAGUAAGAAAAUGUGAUUCGUGUUUCUGUUAAAUCUAUAUAAUAUACAUAUAUAUCUAAAAUCAUUUUGAGUAAAAUAAAUCAUUACAAUUCGAAAAGUCGAUUUGCAAAAUUAUUAUUAUUUUCUUUGCGUCGUCAUUGCGUUUGCAGUAAUCUGGUAAUUCUCUCGUGGGUUAAAUCCUCGUAAGCUUCUUACGAAUGUUGACAGGUUACGUCGCAAAUCCAUGAAAAAAACAACACUGCUGUUCCCUUUAUU